AGUAAUGUCCAGUGCGUCGCCUUCUCUUCGGAGCGAGACCUCAUAGUGGUGGGAUUGCAGGACAGCACGAUUCAGGUUUGGAAUACCACCGCAGGACAGCAUAUUCGCACGCUCAGAGGGCAUACGGAUUAUGUUCGAACGGUCGCUUUCUCUCCUGACGGCAAGCAGAUUGUGUCGGGCUCGAAAGACAAGACGGUCUGUAUCUGGGAUGUGCAGUCUGAGAAGCUUGUCCAUCCACCGCUCCAGGGACAUACACACGGGGUCCUUUCCGUCGCUUUCUCGCCUGACUCCAACUGGGUGGUCUCAGGUUCAGCAGACGGAAUGAUUUGCUUAUGGGAUACCACAAUGGGAACACUUGCCCCUUGCACAACUUUCCAUGGUCACUCCAACAUGGUGAUAUCUGUAGCGUUCUCGGGAGAUGGCCAGUACAUCGUCUCUGGAUCAUGGGACGGGACUAUUAUACACGUAUGGGACAUCUCCAACGGGGAGUGUUUGCAGGAACCUCUCGAGGGUCACACUGGUGAUGUCACAGCCCUGGCAUUCUCUCCAGAUGGGAAGCGCAUCGCAUCGGGCGCACGAGACCACACAAUACUCCUAUGGGACGUCGAGACAGGUCAGACUGUAUGCGCACCGUUGGAGGGGCAUACCAAUUGUGUAACCUGCGUUGCCUUUUUGCCCAAUGGCGCUUCUCUCGUGUCCGGUGACAUGGACGGCUUCGUGCGGAUCUGGGACUCUGCCACGGGACAGACAAUCUGCGGUCCUUGGCGUCGCCAUGACCAGUGGGUUCACUCCGUCGCUUUCUCGCCAAACGGACGCUGCGUGGCCUCGGGCGGAAUGGAUCGUACAGUGCGCGUUUGGGACGCAGUCACUGGGAAGCCGAUCCGCGAGUCCUUUCGGGGUCACACAAGUCUGGUCAACACAGUGGCAUUCUCACCAGAUGGCCAAUGCAUCAUAUCAUGCAGCUGGGACGGCACGAUCCGGUUCUGGGAUGCCUCGACGGGG